GGGCGGCGCCCCGGGGUCUCCGCUCCCCGGCUCCGCGCGGUGCAGUCUGGGGGAACAUGGCCGCUUCCGGUCUCGCUCCCCGGCCGGCGCUGGGCUGACCGCGGCCCCUGCCCGGCGCGCUGCGGCCGCGGAGGCAGCUCCGGCCUUUUCCUGCCGCCGGCCCCGCCGCACCAUGGAGAAGAGCUCGAGCUGCGAGAGUCUCGGCUCGCAGCCCGCGGCCGCCCGGCCGCCCAGCGUGGACUCCCUGUCCAGUUAAUGUGUUAAGAGCCAUUGACAUUUGAAGAUCAUCAGAAGUGAAGAUAAAACACCUCAAAAAUUAUAAUUGCCUCCACUUCUCAUUCAGAGAACUCAGUGCAUACAAAAUCAGCUUCUGUUUUAUCAUCAGAUUCCAUUUCAACUUCUGCAGAAAACUUUUCUCCUGAUUUGAGGGUCCUGAGGGAGUCUAACAAAUUAGCAGAAAUGGAAGAACCACCCUUGCUUCCCGGAGAAAAUAUUAAAGACAUGGCUAAAGAUGUGACUUAUAUAUGUCCAUUCACUGGUGCUGUACGAGGAACUCUGACUGUCACGAAUUAUAGGUUAUAUUUCAAAAGCAUGGAACGGGACCCCCCAUUUGUUUUAGAUGCGUCUCUUGGUGUCAUAAGUAGAGUAGAAAAAAUCGGUGGUGCUUCUAGUCGAGGUGAAAAUUCUUACGGACUAGAAACUGUGUGCAAGGAUAUUAGGAAUUUACGAUUUGCUCAUAAACCUGAGGGGCGGACAAGAAGAUCCAUAUUUGAGAAUCUAAUGAAAUAUGCAUUUCCUGUCUCUAAUAACCUGCCUCUUUUUGCCUUUGAAUACAAGGAAAUGUUCCCCGAAAGUGGGUGGAAGCUGUAUGACCCUCUCUUAGAGUACAGAAGGCAGGGAAUUCCAAAUGAAAGCUGGAGAAUAACAAAGAUAAAUGAGCGAUAUGAACUUUGUGAUACUUACCCUGCCCUCCUAGUUGUGCCGGCAAAUAUUCCUGAUGAAGAAUUAAAGAGAGUGGCAUCUUUUAGAUCAAGGGGUCGUAUCCCAGUUUUAUCAUGGAUUCAUCCUGAAAGUCAAGCCACAAUCACACGAUGUAGCCAGCCCAUGGUCGGAGUGAGCGGAAAGCGAAGCAAAGAAGAUGAAAAAUACCUUCAAGCCAUCAUGGACUCCAACGCCCAGUCUCACAAAAUCUUUAUCUUUGAUGCUCGGCCGAGUGUGAACGCUGUUGCCAAUAAGGCAAAGGGAGGAGGUUAUGAAAGUGAAGACGCUUAUCAAAAUGCAGAACUAGUGUUUCUGGAUAUCCACAAUAUUCAUGUUAUGAGAGAAUCCUUGCGAAAACUUAAGGAGAUUGUAUACCCCAACAUUGAGGAAACUCACUGGUUAUCUAAUUUGGAGUCUACUCACUGGCUAGAACAUAUUAAGCUUAUUCUUGCAGGGGCCCUUAGGAUCGCCGACAGAGUCGAGUCGGGGAAGACCUCAGUGGUCGUGCACUGCAGUGACGGCUGGGACCGCACGGCCCAGCUCACCUCCCUCGCCAUGCUCAUGCUGGACGGGUACUAUCGAACCAUCCGAGGGUUUGAAGUCCUUGUGGAGAAGGAAUGGCUGAGUUUUGGACAUCGAUUUCAACUAAGAGUUGGCCAUGGAGAUAAGAACCAUGCAGAUGCAGACAGAUCACCUGUUUUCCUUCAGUUUAUUGACUGUGUCUGGCAGAUGACAAGACAGUUUCCUACCGCAUUUGAAUUCAAUGAGUGUUUCCUCAUCACUAUUUUGGACCACUUGUACAGCUGCUUGUUUGGGACAUUCCUCUGUAACAGUGAACAGCAAAGAGGGAAAGAGAAUCUUCCUAAGAGGACUGUGUCACUAUGGUCUUACAUAAAUAGUCAGCUGGAAGACUUCACUAAUCCUCUCUACGGGAGCUAUUGCAAUCACGUCCUUUAUCCAGUAGCCAGCAUGCGCCACCUAGAGCUCUGGGUGGGAUAUUACAUAAGGUGGAAUCCACGGAUGAAACCACAGGAACCUAUUCACAGCAGAUAUAAAGAACUUCUUGCUAAACGAGCAGAGCUUCAGAAAAAAGUAGAGGAACUACAGAGAGAGAUUUCCAACCGAUCGACCUCGUCCUCAGAGAGAGCUGGCUCUCCGGCACAGUGUGUCACUCCUGUGCAAACUGUUGUCUGAUGGACUGUUACAUCAUUGCUACGAACUCCUAAUUACAGUGGCAGCUUUAGGAAUAGAAAGCCUUCCGAACUGACAUCAAUGACAGAAAGUUCAGCUGGUUUAUUUUAAAUCUUUCUAGGGUAAGUUUAGAACUAUAGCGGUACAGGUGGCUUACAUUAAAUAACUCCAUAUGUAAUCACACGAUUAUGACACUAAUCUUACAAGUCACUCAAAGAAUAUUAAAAUACUUCAAUCCU